AUGGGACCAAGAAAGGAGCACCGUUCUAGUCGUGAUCGACCCAGUCAUCGUAGCCGCAGCCGAAGCCGUUCGCCUCAUCGCUCACGAUCUGAGUCUAGCCACAGAUACAGAGAUACGAGCCCAGACCUACGUGAUAAGAGAUCCAGUCGCAAACGACAUCGACGACGCUCGCGAUCACCACGUAGUUCAAGGUACAAAAGCUCAUCUGAAAGAUCGACAUCAUCCUCGUCGUCUUCCUCGUCCGAGGACGAUUAUUCAUCCGAUUCGGAAGACGAGAAAAGAAGAAGCAAGAAACACAAGAAGCAUCGUAGCAGCAGCAGUAGUAGCAGUAAAAGGCACAAAAGUUCAAAGCACCGUGGAAGUCGCAGUGGUGAUAGCAAACGAAGUGAUCGAGAGCGGCGUAGUGCUAUUACGGGCAAAAAGAUCAAGCUUAAAGUACACAAGACUGCCGAUGACAAAGUGAGAGAUCAGAAUAGGUCCAACUUGUUGAAUUUCCUCAACUCUGCCUUUUAG